UUGAAGUCAAAGACCAUGGGAGAUGCAGCAAAACCUUAUUUUGUGAAGCGUCCUAAAGACCGAGGGACUAUAGAUGAUGAGGAUUUCAGAAGGAGUCACCCUCCACAAGAUUAUUUAAUAAUGGAUGAUUAUGCUAAAGGCCAUAAUAGUAAAAUGGAAAAAGGCCUUCCUAAGAAAAAAAUAACACCAGGGAACUAUGGGAAUACCCCUAGAAAAAGACCAUAUGCUGUUUCCAGCAAUCCAUAUGCAUUUAAAAACCCAAUUUACAGUCAGCCCACUUGGAUAAAUGACAACCACAAAGAUCACAGUAAGAGAUGGCUAUCAGAUGAACUUGCUGGUAAUUCAGAGAAUAGGAGAGAUUUCAAGCCUGGACCUAGAAUUCCUGUUAUAAACCAACCAAGAAAAGACUCUUUUCAAGAAAAUGAAGAUGGAUAUAGGUGGCAAGAUGGAAGAGGCUGUAGAACUGUAAGGCGACUAUUUCAUAAAGACCUGACGAGCCUAGAAACCAUGUCAGAAGUGGAAGCAGGAAGCCACGAAAACAAGAAGCAGAAGUCCAGACCUAGGAAGCCACGGAGGAUGAGAAAUGGGGAAAAUGAACUAGACGGAGACUUGGAAGGCCCUGUGAUUGAUGAGUCUGUGCUUUCAACAAAGGAGCUCCUGGGUUUACAGCAGGCUGAGGAGCGAUUGAAAAGAGACUGUAUUGACAGGCUGAAAAGGCGACCAAGAAACUACCCUACAGCAAAGUACACCUGCAAACUUUGUGAUGUUUUAAUUGAAUCCAUUGCAUUUGCCCAUAAGCAUAUCAAGGAGAAGAGGCACAAGAAAAACAUUAAGGAAAAACAGGAGGAAGAGUUGCUCACUACUUUACCCCCGCCUACGCCCUCCCAGAUAAAUGCAAUUGGUAUUGCCAUUGACAGAGUGGUACAGGAGUUUGGCUUACACAAUGAGAACAUGGAACAGAGACUAGAUAUUAAACGUAUCAUGGAAAAUGUGUUCCAACACAAGUUACCAGAUUGUUCUCUGAGAUUAUAUGGGUCAUCCUGUAGCCUAUUGGGUUUCAAAAAUUCAGAUGUAAACAUUGACAUUCAAUUUCCAGCCAAUAUGUCUCAGCCAGAUGUUCUUCUGCUUGUUCAGGAAUGUUUAAAGAACAGUGAUUCUUUUAUUGAUGUUGAUGCCGAUUUCCAUGCUAGGGUGCCAGUGGUGGUGUGCAGAGAGAAGCAAAGUGGUCUUUUUUGUAAAGUGAGUGCAGGAAAUGAAAAUGCUUGUCAGACAACAAAUCACUUAACUGCCCUUGGAAAACUAGAAUCGAAGCUGGUUCCUUUGGUGAUUGCAUUUAGGUACUGGGCAAAGCUUUGCAGUAUAGAUCACCCUGAAGAAGGAGGUUUGCCACCUUAUGUGUUUGCCCUGAUGACCGUUUUCUUUCUUCAACAGAGGAAAGAACCCCUUCUGCCUGUUUAUCUGGGAUCAUGGAUUGAAGGAUUCUCAUUAAAAAACCUAGGCAACUUCAGCCUAAAAGAUAUUCAGAAAGAUGUCGUGGUCUGGGAAUACACUGAUAAUGCCACAGGGGAUGUAAACACAGCAAAAGAAGAGGCACCAAAAAAAAUACCUGUUAAAAGGGGACAGGUAUCAUUAAUAUUUGAUUUAAAGCACCAGCCUUCAGUACCAGUUGGGCAGCUCUGGGUGGAAUUGCUUCGAUUCUAUGCUUUAGAAUUUAAUUUGGCUGAUUUAGUGAUAAGUAUUCGAGUCAAAGAAAUGAUAUCUCGUGAAUCAAAGGAUUGGCCCAAAAAGCGCAUUGCCAUUGAAGAUCCCUAUUCUGUUAAAAGAAAUGUGGCAAGGACCCUAAAUAAUCAACCUGUGUUUGAAUACAUACUUCAUUGUUUAAGGACAACAUAUAAAUAUUUUGCUCUUCCACACAAAAUCACAAAAUCCAGCCUCCCAAAGCAUCUGAGUACUGUUACAUGUAUUUCAGAACAUUCCAAAGAAGUAGCAAAGCGUGAUCCAGAUUUACAAGCAAAAAAUGAUCAACUCAAAAACUCAGUUGUGGCUCAGGGUCCUAGUGCUCCCAGUUCAGCUGCAAACACCUGCAAGGUACAGCCACUUACUCUAAAAGAGACUCCUGAAAGCUUUGGAAGCCCACCAACAGAGGGAACAGAAAACACACACGUCAGUGUACAGCUGGAAAACACAGAUUAUAUCAAGACAGAAGUCAGUUGUGAUCAUCAUGAGGAUAUUAAUGUACAUCAUCAAGAAACAGGAAGUAAAACAGAGAAAGAAAAAAUUGGAAGGAAGAGCAAGCAUCCUUUGACUGCUGAUGCUCAAGAUAUAAGCAGUAGCAAAUGUGGAGAGCCUCUCGUCUCGGGUAGCACACGAAAUACUGAGACAGAUAGCAGUUUGGAUUUAGAGGGCUUUGAAAAUCCUAUGGUUAAAGAAUGCGAUGGAUUUGCUACUUUAGAUAGCAGUGUUGAUGUUGAUGAAAGCUUAGAAGGUCCUGAUGAACUAGAAGAUGCUCUGAGUCAUUUUGCCCCUUUAAGACAAGGCCAGAUAUCAGGAAUCAUCCACUCUGAUGAGGAGGAGGAAGAGGAGGGGGAGGAGGAUGAAGAACCCAGGCUCUCUGUUACUGGAAAAGAAGAUGAGGACACUGCCUACACUGGAUCAGGGGAUGAGGAUGCCCUGUCUGAAGAGGAUGAGGAGGUAGGCAAGUCUAAGGAUGAAGACUUACAAGAAAGUGGAAAAGAUGUGGAUGGAGUUCUACCAAUGGAACUUAAUAAAAUCAGUCUUAAGGAGGAAAGUGUAUGUGAAGAAAAUUCAACUGUGGGUCCAUCUGAUUUCUUCUAUGAGUUUAGUAAACUCACCUUCACAAAAGGCAAGUCUCCUACAGUAGUGUGCAGUUUAUGUAAACGAGAGGGUCAUCUAAAGAAGGAUUGCCCUGAAGACUUCAAAAGAAUCCAGCUGGAACCUUUGCCACCAUUAACACCCAAAUUUACAAAUAUCCUAGAUCAAGUUUGCAUCCAGUGUUAUAAGGAUUUUUCUCCGACUAUUUUAGAAGAUCAGGCUCGCGAACAUAUUCGACAAAACCUAGAAAGUUUCAUAAGACAGGAGUUUCCAGGAACUAAAUUGAGCUUGUUUGGCUCCUCCAAAAAUGGAUUUGGGUUCAAACAGAGUGACCUUGACGUCUGUAUGACAAUUAAUGGACUUGAAACUGCUGAGGGGUUGGACUGUGUAAGAACUAUUGAAGAAUUGGCUAGAGUCCUCAAAAAACAUUCAGGGCUGAGAAACAUCUUGCCUAUUACAACAGCAAAGGUGCCCAUUGUAAAGUUCUUCCAUUUGAGAAGUGGUCUGGAAGUGGACAUCAGUUUGUAUAACACAUUGGCUCUUCAUAACACAAGGCUCUUAUCUGCUUAUUCAGCCAUUGAUCCCAGAGUGAAAUAUUUAUGCUAUACCAUGAAAGUGUUUACAAAGAUGUGUGAUAUUGGCGAUGCGUCCAGAGGCAGCUUAUCGUCAUAUGCAUACACACUUAUGGUGCUAUAUUUUCUCCAGCAGAGGACUCCUCCAGUCAUUCCUGUCCUUCAAGAGAUAUACAAAGGUGAAAAGAAACCUGAAAUAUUUGUUGAUGGCUGGAAUAUUUAUUUUUUUGAUCAAAUAGAUGAACUGCCUAGCUUUUGGCCAGAAUAUGGAAAAAAUACAGAAUCUGUUGGACAACUCUGGUUGGGACUUCUUCGUUUCUACACAGAGGAGUUUGAUUUUAAAGAACAUGUUAUUAGCAUCAGAAGAAAAAGUCUGCUUACAACUUUUAAGAAACAGUGGACCUCAAAAUAUAUUGUUAUUGAAGAUCCUUUUGAUUUGAAUCAUAAUCUUGGAGCUGGAUUGUCAAGGAAAAUGACCAAUUUUAUCAUGAAAGCAUUUAUCAAUGGUAGAAGAGUAUUUGGUAUUCCAGUCAAAGGAUUUCCAAAGGACUACCCCUCAAAAAUGGAGUACUUUUUUGAUCCAGAUGUGCUAACUGAAGGAGAGUUGGCCCCAAAUGAUAGAUGUUGCCGAAUUUGUGGGAAAAUUGGACACUUCAUGAAGGACUGUCCUUUGAGGAAAAAAGUGAGGCGACGGCGAGAUCAGGAGGAUACCCUAAACCAAAGAUACCCUGAGAACAAAGAGAAAAGAAGCAAAGAGGACAAAGAAGUUCAAAACAAGUACACAGAGAGAGAGGUGUCAGCCAAAGAGGAUAAGCCCAUGCCGUGCACACCUCAGAAAGGGAAGCCAGUGAAGGCAGCUGUUGAUCUGGGGAGAGAGAAAAUGCUCAGGCCACCAAUGGAAAAAUGGAAGAGACAGGAUGACAAAGACUUGCGAGAAAAACGUUGUUUUAUUUGUGGACGAGAAGGGCACAUUAAAAAGGAAUGCCCACAGUUUAAAGGCUCUCCAGGUAGCCUUUCCAGUAAAUAUAUGACUCAGGGAAAAGCCUCAGCGAAGAGGACCCAGCAGGAAUCAUGAGGGAAGGGAAAGGCAACGUUCUACAUGGCCACUCAGGCGUUCCUAAUCACUUUGAAAAUUAGGUUCAUUUUACCGGACUCAGAAGCAUAGAUCAACUUAACAUUUAAUGAAAAUGUCAGAUUUUUUUUUAACUGAAUGAAAUUCAUAAUAAGGAAAAAAUUUUAAUGUAGUCUUAUGUACCACAAAUCCUCAUAGAUUUAAGGAUUUUAAUAGAAAGCCAUGAUGUAUGUAUUUAAACCAGGUUUUAAAAAAAAAAAAAAUGUAACUAUGGGCCAGUAUUCAGUGAAUACAAUUUCGUGGUUUUUAAUUCUUUCAAAACACACUAAAAUGGUGUGCUGAUAAACUCCAAGUAAAUUAAUCCUUUCUUUCCUGUAAAUCCCUUUUUUGUUUUAAAGAGGGGAAAUUAUAUUUAUUGUUGUUUACUGAAUCCUGUGUGAAAGUGUGUCAAAUAUGUGUGAACUGCUACUACUGUAUUUACAAUUUACAAACCUUACUUUAUUGAUAUUUGUAGAAGUGAUAACAUGAACAUAAUUAUCUGUUUAUGUGUCUUCCAUGGAUGAGCAAUGCCAAUGAAGGGCUUUUUGUUUUUCCCCCCUCUCUAAUUCUAAUUAAGUUGACAUAUUACUCCUAUGCUCAUAAAAAUGAAGUGAGGAAAACAAGUAGUCCUGUUUGCUGCUAAAAACAUUUUCAAAGGAAAAAUGACAAAUAAAAGUUCUUUUCAAUUUUUAUGAUAUUCAGAAAUUAGGGUGGAGAACUUUAAAAAAUCCCUGGAGAUUAAAGAGGCCAUCUCUACCAAUCACAAGUUUGGUUGGUGUCAUUUUGAGUCUGACUGGAACCCUUAUGGAAAUGUUUCUGUAACUUCACAAGCCCUUCAGAAGUAGUACAUGGUCAGAACUAUGCUUCAAUUUGAUUGUGAAAUAAAAGCAAAAUUUUGACCAGUAA